AUUCCAAUGGUUUCAAGAUUGUAAAAUGAGGACUUUUUGAACUAUUUUCUUUGUUCCGAUUAUUUCGUACCCAGGGCUUCUGCUGUAGAUCGGUUUGAAGGCGAGGUUACAACUUCGUAAACUUCGUAAGGAUUCUGUAUGAAUGACUCUCGAUCAGGCAUUCUUAUCACGGAUUAUCGACAAAUAGCUGGGCUUUCGGCUAAUUUAGGCGCGUUAGAAAAUGCCUACAACGAUGAUCAGAAGUAAAGUGAAAUAUAAAAAGAUUUCUGACGAUGAUGGCUACAUUGACGCGCAGUUUAUAAAACCUCCCCCAAAGGUACCCUGGAAGGCCUUACUGCUGGCAGUUUUCUUAUUCUCCGUGGGAACUCUUUUACUUGUUUUUGGAUCACUACUCUUUACGGGAUAUUUCGAUGUGAAGUAUGCUGAUCGGACUUAUCCAUUGUUGAUCCUUGGUUCCCUAAUGUUCAUCCCAGGCUUCUACCAUGUCAGAAUAGCUUACUAUGCUUGGAAAGGUUAUAGGGGAUACUCAUUUGAAGACAUUCCUGACUUUGAUUAAGUGGCAUACACCAGCUUGCUGUGUCAUGUGCUGUAAAAGAAAAAUGACAGAAGCCUGGCCAAAAAUCAGGGAAAGUAUUGUGCCAUUCAUGUCAUGCAGGGAUAAAAAGAAAAAGUACAUGGCUUAAUUAUGAAGAUACUAGAAACUCUUUUGCUGCUAGUAUCAAUAAUUUUGGAAAAGAAUGCAGCUGAAGAAACAACAUUGUUAUUGAAAGAAGGUUGGAGAGAUCAUAAUGCAAGAUUUUUAUUGUUAACAUUAAGUAGUAUUAUUUAUAAAGUAAAUUAUGACUAUCAGCGCAUGGAAAUUAAAUUCAAUAAAAAAUAAAAGGUCUCUUCACUGAGGAUUGAAUGGUACUCCAGGAUAUGAUUAUGGAAACCAUUUUUAUGCUCACCAAUCAAAUCAGGAAUUAAACAAGUGUAAUAGUUAAUUUCCUCAACUGUGGCAGUAGAACUAAAAGGAGCUUGAUCAUCAAUAUAUAGUAACUGAACUGAGCUGUAGUUUAGAUUCUCAUAGUCAAAUGCUGCAAAUGAAAUAUUUUUAUUCUCUGAUCACAGUUAUUUAAAUUUCUGAGAAAAUAUUUAAGAAUCGAUCACACCCUUGAAGUGGGGGAAAUUUUAUACAG